AUGCUCUACUACUGGGAUGAUCGAGAUGGUUCAGAUUUCUCUGGUUGGUGGUUUGGCCCGAAGGUUGGUGGAGACCAGGUUUGGGCUUAUCAGCCCGGAAAGGAUAAGACUCCGCCAGAGACGGGAUGGAAGGUGCCCUAUGACGGGUCAGUAGACGAGAACUUCAAGGUCGUCCGAAAGAAAGAGAAGAAGGAGAAGAAAGAGCUGAGGGAAGAAAAAGCUGCGGUUGCGUAUCCGGGCAUGUGGUAUGGAAUGCCUACGCCUGCGCUUCUAGAUCCACAUGCAGCAGAGCGUCAAAUGCAGGAGUAUGCCCGCUUGCAACAGGAAGAGACGAAGAGGAGGCUCGAAGAGGAGUUCCAGCGACAAAAGCGUGAAGAACAAAUGAGGCGUGAAGCAGAAAGAAAGCGAAAAGAGGAAGCACGAAAGAAGCAGGAAGAGAUCAGGAAAAAGAGAGAGGAGGAGAUGAAGAAGCAGAAAGAGCUGCAGGAGCAACGGAUCAAAGAAGGCAAAGCGGUCUUUUUGGUCCGAAAGGCCAUUCAGAAGUUGGAGGCUGCCACUCCGGAGACCAUGGAGGGUCUUCAGAAAGAAAUGGAGGAAUGUUUGCAGCUUCAUUUGGAGGACACUGGCAGCCAGAAGGGCCACAUGAAAAGUGAGUGCGACAAGUGCAUGGAAAAAACAACAAAAAGAAUAGAACUGCUAAACGAGGCCAAACGCAAAGCACAAGAGAAGAAGGAAGCAGAUGAAAAGAAACGUUUGGAGAUGGAGACCAGGGCCAAGGACCUGCUAUCAGAGCUAAGUGGACUUUUGGACAUGGCAGACAAAGGAGUUGAACAGCUUAGAGAGACUGCUGCGCCCAUGGAGACAAGCGAUGAGCAAAGCCUCCAUGAGGUGGAAGCUUGCUCGGAGGCUGUUGAAGCUGCUGGCGCUGACUGCAAAGCUUUGAUUAAGACCUGCAUGGACUUCUUGGUCAGCCAUGGCCCAGAAAUGAAGGAACCACCCAUCGUGGGCCUGUCUCCGGGUACGACUGAUCUGAAGCAGCGCAUGGCUCGCUGCCUUUCCCGCAUCAACGAGUGCACCAAGCUCAGCGACGCUGUUUUGACAGCAGUGCGUGCUGUAAAAGAUGCUGCUGCUCGCCGUGUGGUGGCUACAGCAAAAACUAGAAGCCUCGAGGAGCUUUUUGCAAAGUUUGAUGUAGAUCGCGACCAAAUGCUCUCCACAUCAGAGGUCCGCGCCUUUGCCAAGGAGUUGGGUGUGGAGAUCUCUCCUGAGGCCAUGAAGCAGAUCUGGAGAUCCAUGGUUGAUGAACAGGGAGGAGUGGCCUUCUCGAGAUUUCCCUUGCUCAAGAUGAAGUUGGGUGUGGAAAAAGAGUUGGUUCGAGACCGGCAACGGAAAGUCCUGCGUGAAGCCAGGGACAAGGUCAGAGCCACUCUGCGAGCUCAAUUGGAUACCAAGGUGGAAGUCGUGGAGCGCGAGGUGGAUGCCAUGAAGCAAGCUGUGGUGAAGGUCGAGGGGGCUCUCCCACCUCUCACUGAGCAGGAUCGCAACACACUUGCGGAAGCAGAUUUGUUCUCGAAGACCGAUGGUUGCAAAAGAUUGAUUCAGGACGCCAGGCAAGUGGCCCUUACAGUCCAAGAAAAGAUCAAAGCACUCCCAGGUGGUUUCGAAGAGAAACACUUGGAAGAUGUCAAGGACCUCUUAGUGCCCGACCUUCGAGUUUUGUCAAAGCAGAUGGGUCGCUUGGAUCUACGGCUGCAUCGGGUUGAACUUCUUUGCGACCGCUUCAACUCCGAGGUGGAACGGCGUCAGCAGGCGCACCUCUAUGGAGCGCGGCUCUUUGCAGUGAAGGUAGCAAGACUCUACGCAGCUCGCCGAGGCCGAAGCAUUCGCCAACUGUUCAGGGAGAUGGAUGCGAACGGGGAUGGUGAGAUUGACUCCAAGGAGUUCUCACUUUUCUUUAUGUCCAUUGACAGGGACAUUUUGGAAGAGGCUUCAGCUCCGCCCGAGCUUGGCAAAGCGAAGCUGCCGGUCAUGCCAGUGGAUUUCACGGAAGAUCUCCUUGCCCAGCUUUUCAAAACAGUGGCCGAUGGAGGAAGGCUUUCAGAGGAUGUUUUUUGCAGGAUCAUGCGGUCCUAUGGAAAGGUGGUAAAGGAGGGUGUCAUGACAAAGGAUUUGAAGGUGACUGGAGAGAAUGCGGUGAGAAAGCUAUGCGUCGAUGAGGUGCUCGAAGUUCUUGAGGGGCCAGUAGAAGAAGAGGAGUUGAAGGUGCCACGCGUCAAAGCUCGUUGCAUUUCCGAUGACUCAGAAGGCUGGCUGACAAUCCGAGGCAAUGAUGGAACCACUUUCCUUCAGGAUUGGCACGCGCUGUUCCGGAUCCUGCGGGAUGUGCCUCUCACAGCCAAUUUCGAGCGCCCUGCAGAUCCUUCGAGCCGUGUUUUGGACAUCGAGGGGGAGGAAACAAAAAUGGAAAACUCUGAACUCCCAGAAGGCCUUGACAAAGUUCCACGACAAGUGGGCUUGGUGGAGCCAGAAGUUGAACUUCCAGCCAAAGCUGCUGAAUCCGCUGCGGAAGCCGCUGCAAGCAUCAUAGAUGUGAAUGUCCAAACUGGUGAGGUGAGCCAAGUGAGCCAAGUGCCACUUGAGGAGAAGGUAAUGGACGAAGAUGGCGACGACAUCUUUGAUCCUGAAAGUCCCUUUGAGCCAGGAGACUUCGACUUCGAAGUCGAAGAGACAAACAUUGGCUACCAGCUUCUGCAGCACGUAGAUUCUCCAGAGCAUGAAGACCCAGACGAGGGUUUCCGGCGCUUGAGAGCUGGAGAAGUGGUGGAAGUGCUCGAGUGGCCAAACAAUCAUUUGGAGUCUGGUUUGACACGGAUGAAGGUCCUAGCUCUGGCUGAUGAUGCCAUGGGAUGGAUAACUCAAACCAAUGCCGACGGAGUUCUUUUCGCGGAACCACAUUCGUGA